AUGAUGGCAGAUCAGCCAGAGAAUACAGUGUUCAUUGGCAACAUACCUCGUGAGGCCAACAAUGCAGACAUUGAGCGUUUGUGUGCACCACAUAUCGAUAUUGCCACGAUCAAAAAGAUUGUGAUCAAGCUUGGCUUUGCAUUUGUAUUCAUGCAAGGUGGUGAGCCUGAACGUCUGAUCAAGGCACUCCACAAGACUGAGUACCGUCAUCGAACUCUCACAGCAGAGUUGGCUAAAGGUGAAAACCGCAAGUUGUCAAACAGAGAGAAGAAUGCUCGUCCUGGUCCAACAAUAUUCAUUGCCAGCUACAAUCAGGCCAACACAAGCAAAGACACUAUCGAACGUCUUUGCAGGCCAUUCGGUGACCUUGUUAGGGUCGAUAUGAAGGGUAGUUAUUGCUUUGCAGAGUAUGCCAAUGAACAGCAGGCCACAAGAGCAUUAGAGGCACUUCAUGGAAAAGAGGUUGGUGGAAACCAACUAUGUGUAGAGUUCUUGGCCGGUGGCAACAGAGCAAGGUUCGACGACAGAGAACGCGGAAGAGACAACAGGGAUAGACGUGACAGAGAUCGUCGAAGAUCCAGCAGGAGCAGAAGCAGAAGCAGAGACAGAGAUGGCAGAGAUGGAAGAGAUGGAAGAGAUGGAAGAGAUGGAAGAGAUGGAAGAGAUGGCAGAGGUGGCAGAAGUGGUGACCGCGGAGGUGAUAGAGACAGACGAGACAAGGACAGAGGCGGUGACAGAGACAGAAGUGACAGGGACAGGAACGAUAGAGAUAGAGACAGAAACAGCAGAGGUGGUGAUAGAGACAGAGGUGUGGACAGGGACUCCAAGGACAAGGGCAGACGCGACAGUCACAGAGACAACAGGGACAACAGAGACAAGAGAGACAAGAGGGACAGAUCGCCACCCCCACGCGGUCGUUCAUCGUCGCGCUCCCGCUCACCCAAGCCGACAAAGAGGUCGAGAUCCGAGAGCCGAUCGACAUCUCCACGUCCAGGUGGCUUCUCUUCGUCGACAAAGAAGUCAAGGUCGCCCUCGCCAAAGUCCUCGCGUCAGCACAAUGACAUUGCCGACAGCCCAGUGCGUGACAGAAGCCGCGAUCGCAAGAGAAUCAGGGAGGACAACAACAAUAAUAACAACAAUGGACACAAGGCCAUCGAUGAGAAUGACGAUGUCAACAGCCACACAACAUCCACCUCCACCUCGAGUGUUGGAGGCAAUGGAAGUGGAAGUGGAAGUGGCAACAGAAAGUACUCGUCGAGGGAUGGCGCCAACGUCGACUUC